UUCCUUCCAUGUUGACUACACUCCUUUCCUUUUUAUCAGACACAGAAAAAAGAAAGAGAGAGUGAGUGACAGAGUGAGUGUGAAAAAUAAAUACCUCACACACACAUUGUGUGGCUGUAGCAGUGACUGUGAGCAAGCAAAUUCCUGAUUUUCCCGAAGAUUUUAAAGAGAAAAGGGUUUAGGGUUUUAUCAGACUUCACUGACAGCCUCUAAUAUUUUGAAGCCAAUGGGGGCGUCAUCGGAUGCCAAGGAAGAAAUAGGCAUGAGUAGUAAGGGUGAAGCGUAUUCGAAUGGGGUGGAGAUGGAUACCGAUGAUGAUGAGUUUCUCGAGUCGACUAGUAUACAUGAGUUGGGUGAAAAGUUUCUGAAAAUUUUUUGUAAGAAGGCAGCGGUUUCAUUUUUCAAUGAGUAUGGUUUGAUAAGUCACCAAAUCAACUCGUACAAUGACUUCAUCAAGAAUGGUAUCCAGAAGGCCUUUGACUCUUUUGGUGAGAUCAUAGUUGAGCCUGGAUUCGACCCAUCAAAGAAGGGGGAGGGUGAGUGGCGCUACGCUUCAGUAAGGUUUGGGAAGGUGACCCUUGAUCCACCGAUCUUUUGGGGUGGUGAAGGAAAUGUGAAGGAGUUUAAUAUGCUUCCUAGGCAUGCCCGGCUUCAGAACAUGACAUACUCAGCAAGGAUGAAAGUGAAUAUCGAUGUUCAGGUGUAUACACAGAAACUAGUCAGAAGUGACAAGUUUAAAACCGGGAAGGAUCAAUUCGUUGAUAGGGAGAUCCUAAGUGAAGAAAACAGGGAUAUUUUUUUCGGAAGGAUUCCUGUGAUGGUGAAGUCUGACCUGUGCUACAUGAAAGGAGCUGAGAAUGCUGAUUGUGAUUUCGAUCAUGGAGGCUACUUUUUAAUCAAGGGUGCAGAGAAGACAUUUAUUGCACAAGAGCAGACUAGUAUGAGGAGGCUUUGGGUUUUGAACAAUCAAGGUUGGACUGUUGCAUACAAGUCUGAAGUGAAGAAGCACAGGUUAAUUGUGAAGCUAGUGGGGGUUCCUAAAGUUGAAGAUAUUAAAGGAGGAGAGCAAGUUCUUACUGUAUAUUUCUUGUCAACAGAAAUCCCUAUAUGGAUAUUGUUUUUUGCUCUUGGGGUAUCAUCAGACAGAGAAGUCAUAGAUCUUAUUGACUAUGACAGUGAAGAUGCCAGCAUAUUGAAUAUUCUAUUUGCCUCAAUUCAUGAUGCCAAUGAGAACUAUGGGGGCUUCCGGAGAGGGAAGGCAGCUCUAAAUUUUGUAGAAAAAUGCGUAAAGGACACCAAAUUUCCUCCUGGGGAAGCUAUUGAAGAGUGCAUUAACAUGUAUCUGUUUCCCAGUCUCCAAAGCUCUAAGCAAAAGGCUCGUCUUCUUGGGUAUAUGGUGAAGUGCCUCUUACAGGCUUAUAAUGGCCAAAGAAAAUCUGAUAACAGGGAUGAUUUUAGAAACAAAAGGUUUGACUUGGCUGGUGAGCUGCUUGAGCGAGAGCUGAAAGUGCAUAUUGCACAUGCACGGAGGCGCAUGCAGAAGGCUCUGCAGAGAGACCUUUAUGGAGAUCGUGAUAUACGUCAAAUUGAACACUACCUGGAUGCUUCCAUAAUCACCAAUGGCCUUUCAAGAGCCUUCUCAACUGGCGCAUGGUCUCAUCCUUUCAAGAGGAUGGAAAGGAUUUCUGGUGUGGUGGCAACGCUAGGGCGAACAAACCCAUUGCAGACGAUGGCUGAAAUGAGGAGAACACGCCAGCAGGUUCAGUACACAGGGAAGGUUGGAGAUGCCAGAUAUCCACAUCCUUCUCACUGGGGGAGGGUAUGUUUUCUCUCUACUCCAGAUGGUGAAAAUUGUGGGCUUGUAAAAAAUAUGGCCAUCACCGGACUAGUAAGCACAAACAUAUUGGAGCCUAUAACUUCCAAAUUGUUUGAUUGUGGGUUGGAGGAAUUGGGGGAUGAUGCUCCAUUGGGUAAAAAGUAUAAAGUAUUUUUGAAUGGGGAAUGGGUUGGUGUCUGUACAGAUUCCAUUUCAUUUGUUCAAGAGCUUAGGUAUAAGCGACGCAGGAAGAAAUUGCCACAUCAGGUGGAGAUUAAAAGAGAUGAACAACAUGAAGAAAUACGUAUAUAUUCUGAUGCUGGAAGGAUUUUACGUCCACUUUUAGUUGUAGAGAAUUUAGGAAAGAUUAAAGGAGAUAAAGGUGAAAAUUACACCUUCCAAUCUCUUUUGGACAAGGGAAUCAUUGAUUUAAUCGGAACUGAAGAAGAAGAAGAUUGUUGCACUGCAUGGGGCAUUAAAUAUCUGUUCAUGGAAAAAGGAGGGAAGUCAUCUGAUAAAUAUACCCACUGUGAACUUGACAUGUCGUUUUUAUUAGGUUUGAGCUGUGGACUUGUCCCAUUUGCAAAUCAUGACCAUGCAAGGAGGGUCCUUUAUCAAUCUCAGAAGCACUCUUCACAGGCUAUUGGCUUUUCAACAACAAAUCCUAAUAUUAGAGUGGAUACUCUGUCUCACCAAUUACAUUAUCCGCAAAGGCCACUUUUUCGUACGAUGACUUCUGAUUGUCUUGGAAAACCAGGAUAUCCUCUUGGUCAUCAUGGAAUGCUGCCAAAGCCUGAAUUCUACAAUGGCCAGAAUGCUAUUGUGGCAGUCAAUGUUCACCUAGGGUACAACCAAGAGGAUUCCUUGGUGAUGAACAAGGCUUCUUUGGAGCGUGGAAUGUUUCGGUCUGAGCAUAUCAGAAGUUAUAAGGCUGAGGUUGACAACAAGGACUCGUUAGAAAAAAAGCGGAAGCCUGAGGAUUUUGUCAACUUUGGAAAGAUUCAAAGUAAGAUUGGACGUGUUGACAGCCUUGAUGAUGACGGUUUCCCUUUCAUUGGUGCAAACCUGCAGAGUGGUGACAUUGUCAUAGGGAGGUGUGCAGAAUCUGGGUCUGAUCACAGUAUAAAACUGAAGCACACUGAAAGGGGCAUGGUUCAGAAAGUUUUGCUGUCUUCUAACGAUGAGGGAAAGAAUUUUGCUGUGGUGUCCCUGAGACAGGUUCGUUCUCCAUGUCUUGGAGACAAGUUUUCAAGCAUGCAUGGUCAGAAGGGUGUUUUGGGCUUUUUGGAAUCUCAAGAGAACUUCCCCUUCACAAUACAAGGGAUAGUUCCAGAUGUUGUAAUAAAUCCACAUGCAUUUCCUUCACGACAAACUCCGGGUCAGCUCCUAGAGGCUGCUUUAGGGAAGGGAAUAGCCUGUGGUGGUUCAAUGAGAUAUGCCACCCCUUUCUCCACAGUCUCUGUUGAUGCCAUCACUGAACAGCUUCAUAGGGCUGGAUUUUCAAGAUGGGGAAAUGAGAGAGUAUACAAUGGACGAACUGGUGAAAUGGUUCGUUCCCUCAUAUUUAUGGGUCCAACAUUUUAUCAGCGUCUGACUCACAUGUCUGAGGACAAAGUAAAAUUUCGCAACACAGGUCCAGUCCAUCCUCUUACCCGACAGCCAGUGGCAGAUAGGAAGCGGUUUGGUGGGAUCAAGUUUGGUGAGAUGGAGCGUGACUGCCUUAUAGCCCAUGGUGCCUCAGGAAACUUGCAUGAACGCCUCUUUACGCUCAGUGAUUCCUCCCAGAUGCACAUUUGCCAGAAAUGCAAAAAUGUUGCGAAUGUGAUCCAACGGACUGUGCAAGGUGGCCGGAAGAUUAGGGGUCCAUAUUGCCGGGUUUGUGAGUCAGUAGAUGACAUUGUUAAGGUUAAUGUACCUUAUGGGGCCAAGUUAUUGUGCCAGGAGCUUUUCAGCAUGGGCAUAAGUCUGAAGUUUGAAACCCGGCUCUGUUGAGUCUUCCUGCUGGUUGUCUUUUGGGUUGUGCUACUUCUGAACUGCUUGUCAACCAGUAUUAUCUUGUUAAUAUUUGAAUGGGUUAAUGGUGUUUAUUUUAAAAUUUA